AUGGCCACCACCACAGCAGCCCUCUCAGGAACCAUGGCGAGCGCCUCUUUCAUCCGGAGGCAGCCGAUUAACAGAAGCUUAACAGCAUUCCCUAACUCGGGUCAGGCUCUAUUCGGUUUGAAAGCUGAACGUGGAAGUCGUGUCAUUGCCAUGGCCUCUUACAAAAUCAAGCUCAUCACCCCUGAAGGAACUAAAGAAAUUACAUGUGGAGAUUCUGAGUACAUUCUGGACGCAGCAGAGGAAAAUGGCCUUGAUCUCCCGUACUCGUGUAGAGCCGGUGCUUGCUCUUCCUGUGCUGGAAAAGUCACACAAGGGGAAGUGGAUAAUUCAGAUAAUAGCUUCCUUGAUGAUGAUCAGUUAGCAUCUGGGUUUAUUCUCACCUGUGUUGCUUACCCUCGUUCGGACCUUGUUAUCGAGACACACAAGGAGGAAGAACUUGUUUCUUAA